AUGUUUUCCCGAAGUAUACUUGUGGGCCAGGCUUCAUGGCUAUCAAAGAGGAGUAUAUCGAGUGAUACCUCAAGUCCUACAAUUUAUGCCCUUUCUACUAAAUUGGGCAGAGCUGCCAUUGGAGUAGUUCGGAUUUCUGGGUCCCAAUCUCAUUACAUCUACAAUAAACUAACCCGUACUACUAACGAACCCAAAGCUCGGAUUGCAAGUUUAAGAAAAAUAUAUGAUCCUGAGAGGGAUAUUCUUCUAGACGAGGCAUUGACAUUAUACUUCAAGUCUCCCAAAACGUUUACUGGAGAAGACCUGUUGGAGUUGCAUCUUCAUGGAGGUAAUGCCAUCGUCAAGUCAGUAUUACAAGCAAUUAAGAAGCUUCAUGAUCCUCAACAAAAUAUAAACAUAAGAUAUGCCGAACAAGGUGAGUUUUCCAAAAGAGCAUUUAUGAAUGGUAGGUUUGAUCUUACAGAAGUUGAAGGGAUCAGAGAAAUGAUUGAUGCUGAAACAGAAUCUCAAAGGAUAGCAGCUUUAGCAUCAUUGAAAGGUGAUAAUAAACGUCUUUUCAGACAUUGGAGAGAGGAAAUAGUUCAGACAAUUGCAUUAAUGACUACGAUCAUUGAUUUUGGAGAAGAUCAACAUUUGGAUGAUUCCAAUGAACUCUUUGAUCAGGCUGCAGCUCGAGUGGAAGCUUUGGAAAAGGAAAUAUCAACGUUUUUACAAAGAGCUCAAGCAUCAGAUAUACUUUUGAAAGGUAUAAACAUCACACUUUUGGGUCCUCCUAAUGCGGGUAAAUCUUCUUUAUUGAACAUUUUGGCAAAUAAAGAAGCUGCCAUAGUGAGUGACAUCGCAGGUACUACAAGGGAUAUUAUAGAUGUACCCUUAGAUAUUGGUGGCUACAAGAUAGUUGUUGGUGAUACGGCAGGAAUUAGAGCUCCAGAAUUAGCAGAUAAGAUUGAGGUUGAGGGAAUACGUCGAGCAAAAUCGAAAUCUUUAACGGGUGAUUUGGCAUUAGCUGUUAUCCCAGUUAAUUUAGAUUUAACUUCACCCGAACAUAAACAUUUUGUUGAUCAUAUCAAAGAACUAAAAGAAUUAGGGAAACUGAUACUAAUAGUAUUGAAUAAAGAAGACCUUCUUGUUCAAGAGAAUAAUAAUGCUCUGAAAAAGUUGGUUAACGAGUAUUCUAAAUUAUUAGAGAUUCCCCAUGUUCAAAUUUUUCCUGUUUCCUGUGUUUCAGGUGCUGGAUUAGACAAAUUGAACCAACACUUAAUUGAGUUGUUCAGAGCAAUUACUCUCACAGAUGAUCACGAUCCUAUGGUAAUAUCAACAAGAGCUCAAGAUUUGCUAUCUAAUGAUGUCAUCUAUGGUAUCGAACAAUUUAAGUACUGGAAGAAUCAAGAUGAAAUCGUGUUGGCUACAGAAUCUCUUCGACAAUCUGUUGAAGGAAUCGGAAAGAUCACUGGUGACACCAUCGGAGUGGAAGAGGUUUUAGGAGUUGUAUUUUCCAGUUUCUGCAUUGGUAAAUAG